AAUGGAAACAUUCCCUUGAGGAUCAUAUGCAUCUGGCGUUGGCGUCCACUUCAGUUCUUCUCUUGACACCUACGGUAUAUCCCCAUGAUAUCUCGCCGCUCAUUAGCCUGCAAAACUGGAAAGCAACCGUCAAUUUCAUUGAAAAAAAAUAUGACAUCAAAUAUCAUCCAAUGCCAAUAAAAGCGGUCACCGGUUUGCUCUCUAUCGUCAACGACUUGCUGACAGAAAAGAUCAGCCGAAACGAAGCAUACAACAAGAUGACUUCGAUGUCAUCCGGAACACACAUGGCAAGGUUCGCUACGGCUUUAGGGCAACUAGUCAGGAGACUGCCCAGUCAACCAAUCCGAGAAGAUUUCGGCGAGGCAGAACUUUGUUCACGUUUUGUCGAUCCAUUUCUUUUCGAAUUGUUUGAUAAUCCGGACAAUGACACUUACUUUCGUUGGACAAAUGAGUCCACAGACGCCAAGCACAUGGAGGAAAGCAAAGAGCGACCUGAUUUCUGCAUAACCAAGACCUGCAGCUUCGAAUGGCAGAUGAACCUCGGAUUUGGAGAAGCCAAGUCUGCGGCCCAAGACCAUGACAAUCGCGUCAUCUGCUGGGAUCUCAUCAAAGUGGCCGUAUUCUGCAAACAGACCCUCGAUAUCCAAGUCAUGGAGGGGACGCUGGGUGUCCAAGUGAUAGGACGCACCGUCAAGUUCUACAUACUGGUCUUGCCCGCCAAAGGGCUAUAUGCGUUCCUCGAACUGGCUGUGAUACAACUUCCGGACUCGUUGAAUAGUCUUCCCGGCUUUGUGACUAAAGCGGGAGAUAUCAUCAAAGUGCUGGACAUUUUCGAGCGAAUCUGCGUUCCUGCCAGUGAUGCGGCAGGUACCAUGAGCCGCCGUACUCCGACCCUGUCACUGACACAAGUAGGCCAAAUAUUCUCACCGUCAAAAAAUCGAAAAAGGCCAUGUCCACUUAAGCUUCGAACCAACUGAAUGAUGUAUCUACACUUGAAUUGCGACGCGUCCAAUAUCGUUUUUUUUUAAUUUACUACCAUAUGUAUUCGAAAUUUGUCACUCUCCUUUUCAUCACACGCUUGAAUCAAGUCAUUAAUUGGAAAUAAACAUCACAGCAUGCCAACACAACGGAAAAAGGCAUAAUAGCAG